ACCUUUUACUAGCUACGUCACAUCUGCCUGACCUGCGCACUGAAUACUAGCUAGUUAGGGUGCUGUUAGCGCAUCCUCCCAAUAGUAUUAGUAACAAUAUUCAGCAGCAAACGAGCUAAUGUAAAUGUUAUGCAACGAAGUCGUUCGAAACGCAACAACAAUGAGCAGAUGGAGAAAUGGUGAGGCUCUGAAGCCAACAUCCCAGACUCGUGUCCCCUUUGAAUGAUUUUCAUCCAGUGAACUAGGACAGUCCACGUCAUGGGAAGGAUCAGCUUCUCGUGCCUCCCAGCCUCCUGGCACUUCAGCCUGUCACCCCUGGUUCUUCCUCGUCUACUGCUACCUUCAUUCAGGCAGCUACUCUUAUUUGGUCUGCUGGUGGGAUUGCUAGGACUGCUUUACCUGUUGUUGGUAACAGGAAAGGGCCAGGACAUCUGGAUCAGAAAGGACAACUACUUCCAUAGACACUUGGCGAGAGUCACAGAUGUGGAGGCCACCGACACCAGUAAUCCCAACCUGAACUACGGUUUGGUGGUAGACUGCGGUAGCAGUGGCUCCAGGGUGUUUGUGUAUUGUUGGCCCCAGCACAAUGGUAAUCCCCAUGAUCUGCUUGACAUACGACAGAUGAGAGACCAGCACAGGAAACCAGUGGUCAUGAAGAUCAAGCCAGGCAUCUCAGAGCUUGCAAAAACACCAGAGAAGGCCAGUGAUUACAUCCACCCCCUGCUGAGCUUUGCUGCCCAGCACAUCCCCAAACACAAGCACCAGGAGACCCCUCUGUACAUCCUGUGCACGGCUGGAAUGAGGGUGCUGUCUGACAGUCAACAGGAAGCACUUCUGGAGGAUCUACGGACCGAUAUCCCUGUACAUUUCAACUUCCUCUUUUCUGAUUCCCAUGUGGAGGUCAUUUCUGGCAAGCAGGAAGGUGUGUAUGCAUGGAUUGGAAUCAACUUUGUCCUUGGAAGGUUUAAUCAUGUGGCUAGUGAGAGGGAUGCAGUUGUAGAGGUGCAGGUACCUGGAGGUGACCAGCAGGAGGCGCUGGUGAGGAAAAGGACCGCUGGUGUUCUGGACAUGGGGGGUGUCUCCACUCAGAUAGCAUAUGAAGUGCCCAAAACUAUGAAGUCCUCUCCAUUCAGAGUGGACUAUUGGAGGUCUGCUCUAAAGGAGGAAGUGGCCAAGAACUUACUUGCGGAGUUCAACCUGGGUUGCGAUGCCCACCGGACAGAGCAUGUCUACCGGGUGUAUGUGUCCACCUUCCUGGGCUUUGGAGGCAAUGCUGCUCGACAAAGAUAUGAGGAGAGCAUUAUCAGGAACACUCUCACUAAAAACAAGCUCCUGGGUCUGCGUGUAGGUCAAACGGCAGAGUCCCCCCUGCUCGACCCGUGUCUACCCACAGACCUGCAGGACGAGGUGGGGCCAGCGACACAGAAACUCCACCUGCGUGGCACAGGGGAUUUUGAUCACUGCAGACAGCUGCUUCAGCCCUUCCUUAACCGCACCAACGAGACUCACUCCUCCCUCAAUGGCAUCUACCAGCCUCCCAUCGACUACCCCAACAGCCAGUUCUAUGGGUUCUCUGAGUUCUACUACUGCACAGAGGAUGUGUUGCGCAUGGGCGGUGAUUUUAACUCCUCAAAGUAUUCCAUUGCUGCCAAGGGUUACUGCGCCACCCAGUGGAAAUCUCUGAAAGAGCGAUUUGACUCAGGCUUAUAUGCAUCUCACGCUGAUGUUCACAGACUCAAGUACCAGUGUUUUAAAUCAGCCUGGAUGUAUGAGGUAUUCCACUCAGGCUUCUCCUUCCCUAUAGACUACAAAAACCUGAGGACUGCCCUCUUAGUUUAUGAUAAAGAGGUGCAAUGGACUCUUGGAGCCAUCCUUUACAGAACCCGCUUUCUACCUUUAAGGGAUAUUCAGCAGGAGACCCUCAAAGGAGUCCACGCCCACUGGCAUCGCAGCUUCUCCUUUGUCAACAACCACUACUUGUUUCUGGCCUGCUUCCUGGUUGUCUUCCUCUCCAUCUUGCUCUACUUGCUGCGACUCCGACGUAUCCACAGCUGUACCACGCAGCGCUGCACCCCCUCUACUGUUGAGUGGUUAGAGGAGGGUCUGGGAUCUCCCUCACUCCCUAUCACCCUCUAGACUUCAGCUUUCACGCCAAAACCAGCUCCUUUCCCUAUGCCUGCACUUUUAUGUUCAGGCCUUCAUUUGUUAGCUGGUAAUGACAAAAAACUCUAAAACUGAGUUGGAUUUUGAAUGAAUCCAAUGAACAGAGAAACAGCACUGGGAGGGACUCUGGUAUGGGAGAUCUUGCAUGUUGAGUUUGCAUACUUGAGUUAACCAUGAGAUUGUCUUAUUUAUUUUUAAUGAUGUCAAAAUCUGCCUUUUUUUAUGUUGCUGGAAAUAUGAACUAGGUACUUGGUGUGUAACUCCUUGCCUGAGGUUUGAGAGCUCCCCAUGCAUACUUUAUCCAGUCACGCAGGUUUCGUUAAAGCUUCCUGUAAGGUUCGAAUGGCAGCUGCCUCAUAACUUCCCCUAAUUAGUCAAUCAAAAAACAACACAUUUUUAAAUAAAGUCCUUAAAUUACUGUCUUUUCCAAUUAGUGCACAGAAUUGAAUCAAUGUGAAUAGACGAGCAGGUUCGAGGAGGAUCGUGAAACCGUUACUGUUUAGAGUACAUACUGUAUUAGCUCAUAUGUAUAGAUUCUCUGUACUUGAGUGGAGUUUCACUUCCUUUCCUGUCACAUUAUCCUGAUGCAAUUUAAUAUGUUUGUGUACUAGCGGCUCUGUUUGUCGUUUGGGUGCAUGAUUAGUGAAUGCUUAUUUAUUGUGUGGAGGAAUGGUGUAUGCCUCUGCUUACCCUCUGUACUCCUCAGUGUAGACAGACACUUGUCAUACUUUGAUUGUCACCGCUUCUUUUUUUUAACUUUAGUUUCUUUUGUAUCCUUUGUUCUGCCUUCUAUUGCAGAACAGGCAGCAUCUAUCAAAGGUGCAAUAUUUAUUGUCUUAUCACUGGAGAGACACUCCAGCUGAAUCCACACAGGGCUCAGAGCUACAGUAGGGUAAAAAAUGUCUGCUGUCUUUUCAGCUCAAUGGUGUCACGUGAUGGGGUGCAGAUCAUUUAAUUAGAAAUCUCGACAAACACACUGGGCUUCGUUUUCAGAAGCUGUGAUAUCACUGCUGUAAAGGGGUUAGUUUAUGAAAGCAUUAUAGGCCAUAUUUAUAUUGAAGGGUGUACUCAAAUCAAUUCACAGUUUGCACAGGAUUUUUGUUUGUUUUACAAUACCAUUGGUGUUGAAUAAUAAAGAGAUUGUUUUGAGACUUAUGGUUCAAAAUAUCAACGAAAGCUA